AAAAGUGUGAGAUUUCAAGGGAUUAAGCUAAUAAAGGUUCAGAUUAGGUUGUAGAUAGCUGAGUUCAUCGAGGACUAUCCUUGGAUUUACAUUCCUUCAAAUUAUUGCCAUGCCUCCUCAACGCGAACCCCCACCUCUCACUAGAUCGAUUGGGAGGGGAAGAGGUCGUUCCCAACGUCGUCAAUUAGAUGCAGUAGAGGAGGAAUCGGUUGCAUCCACCAUUCAGGCAGCACCUGCUGCUAAGCAGGCCGAGACUCCACCACAUCCUCCGCCACCUACUGGUACUUUUGCCAUGUCUCUUGAGGUAGUCCAGGCAUUGGCAGCUUUCUUUAUCGCUAUUGUUGGCCAAGCUCAGGCUGGUCAGGCCCCUUCUAUAGUACCACCAGUUGCUCCUUCAGUACCACCACCCCCACCUCUUGUUCCACCACUAGUGCCGGAUGUCUCUAUUGCUAAGAAGUGGAAGGAAGCUAGGCAACUUGAUUAUGUUUCUUUUACGAGUGAGUUGGAUCCAACCGUAGCCAAAGAUUGGAUUAAUCAAGUUUCGGAGACGUUCUUUGAUAUAAGGUUGGAUGAUGACCUGAAAUUGAUGGUGACCACGAGAUUACUAGAGAAGAGAGCUCGUACAUGGUGGAAUUCAGUAAAAUCCCGUUUCACUACUCCUCCGACAUGGUCAAACUUCCUAAGAGAAUUUGAUGGUUAGUAUUUCACUUAUUUCCAUCAGAAAGAAAAGAAAAGAGAAUUUUUGAGUUUGAAACAAGGGAAUUUAACUAUAAAGGAGUACGAAGCUUGUUUUAACGAGCUGAUGUUAUAUGUGCCGGAUCUGGUGAAAUCUGAGUAGGAUCAGGCCAAUUAUUUCGAGAAAGGGCUCCAUAAUGAGAUUGGAGAACGGAUGACAGUGACUGGUAGGGAGCCACAUAAGGAGGUCGUACAGAUGGCUUUACGGGCUGAGAAGCUCGCGACUGAGAAUAAGAGGAUUCGGAUCGAGUUUGCAAAAAGAAAGAAUCCUGGUUAUCUUCUAGUCAACCACCAAAAAGAGGCAAGGACUCAACGACUUCAAGGAGCACUACUUCUGUUUCAGUGACAUCUCCUCGACCUCCAUUUUCAUAGACACAGUAGAGGCCUCAAAGAUUCAGUAGAUCUGCGAUGACUACUUCUUGGAAGAAUUUCGGAGGUUCUGAUAAAUGUAGGAAAUGUGGGAAGAAUCAUGUUGAGCCGUGUAGGGGAUCAGUACGAUGUUAUCAUUGUGAUCAGUCGGGCCACAUUAAGAAUGAGUGCCCAUAACUAAGACAGGCUACUACAACUACUCUACCUCCACCAGCUCGUACAGAUAUACAGAGAAGAGAUCUUUCUGGGUUACCACCGAGGCAGGGAGUGGCUAUACAGUCUGGUGUAGAGAGUAACACCCCUACAUAUCCACCUUGGAGACCACAGACUCGUACUUUGACAAGAGUUUUCGCUGUGACGGAAGAUAAGGCAUUGGUCCGACUUGAAGCAAUGACAAGUAUCAUGUCUUUAUUUGAUAAAGAUACUUAUGUUUUGAUAGAUUCUAGCUCAGAUAGGUUUUAUGUGAGUAUGGCAUUUACAUCAAUUGCUGAUAGAAACCUGUCACCAUUAGAGGAAGAAAUUAUAAUUCACACCCCUUUAGGUGAAAAGCUAGUUAGAAACAGUUGUUAUAGAGAUUGUGGAGUAAUGGUUGGUGAGGAAGAAUUUAGGGGUGACUUGAUUCCUCUAGAAAUCCAAGAUUUUGAUUUGAUAUUGUAUAUGGACUGGUUAACUACACAUCGGGUGAAUGUGGAUUGUUUUAGAAAAGAAGUUGUUCUUCAGAAUUCAGAGGGAGCAGAGAUUUUUUUUGCAGGGAAACAUCGAGUAUUACCGUCCUGUGUAAUCUCGGCCAUCAAAGCUUUGAAACUGGUGUAGAAAGGGUAUCCAGCAUAUUUAGCACAUGUGAUCGAUACUUCAAAAGGGGAACCUAAAUUAGAGGAUGUCCCAAUAGUUAGUGAGUUUCCUGAUGUAUUUCUUGAUGAAUUACUUGGACUACCUCCUAAUCGAGAGCUCGAGUUUCCUAUUGAUUUACUUUCGGGUACCGCACCUAUUUCUAUCCCUCCAUACAGAAUGGCUCCGGCAGAGUUGAAAGAACUGAAAGUCCAGUUGCAAGAUUUGGUAGAUAAAGGUUCCAUUCGCCCUAGCAUUUCUCCUUGGGGAGCACCAGUCCUAUUUGUAAAGAAGAAGGAUGGCACUCUUCGAUUAUGUAUCGAUUACCGUCAGUUGAACCAAGUGACCAUCAAGAAUAAAUACCCUCUACCCCGGAUCGAUGAUCUUUUUGAUCAAUUACGAUGUGCUAUAGUGUUUUCAAAGAUUGAUUUGAGGUCUGGGUAUUAUCAGUUUAAGAUUAAGGAGCAAGAUGUACCCAAGAUUGCUUUAAGGAUGCGUUAUGGGCAUUAUGAGUUUUUGGUGAUGCCGUUUGGUUUGACUAAUGCCCUGAUAGCUUUAUGGAUCCUAUGAACAGUGUCAAGACCCGGAACUCCCAUCAGGCCCGUGACAACCGCCGCGACGUCCCGAUAGGCACUCAUUACCCCAAAUGCCGAUCAAAACCCUGCAAAGCUUAGCAUCAGUUUUCGCAUCUCCCUGGUGAGCAAUAGUUAUUAAAUCUUGCAUUUCAAGAAAUCAUAAGUCGUUUCCAAAUCAAAACAAUAAAAUAUUAUUUUCUGGCUCACAAAGGCAUUUUCGUCAUUUUUCUUCGAAAAUAUCGAAACCCGUCAAAAACAUAGUGUAAAAGCUAAAUAUGUUCAUACAUAUUUUAAAUCAAAUAACUAAAGUAUAAAAUUACUUUUACAAU